AUGCAAGAAUUCAUCCUCCAGCAACAAGACUCCUGCAGCAGCAGCAGCAGCAGCAGCAGCAGCAGCAACAGUAGCAGCAGCAGCAGCAUGGAAGAUGAGGAUUCAACCUUCCUUAUCGAGGAACAGCACGCUUAUAUGCAGCAGCAGCAGCAGCAACAGCAGCAGCAGCAGCAGCAGCAACAGCAGCAAAGUAUGCUAAAGUGCAUGGAUGCUGCUGCUGUGUCUGAUGUUCUCCACAAUAACACUGCAGCAGCAACAGCAGGAGAAGCAGCAGGAGAAGCAGCAGCAGAAGCAGCAGCAGCAGCAGGAGAAGCAGCAGCAGCAGCAGGAGAGGAUGAAGAAAAUGUAGCAACAGCAGCAGCACAGCGUCGUGUGCUGCUGCUGCUGCGUGCUCGUGCAUCUAUAGAUGAAUUAUAUGAAUGUCCUGCUGCAGCAUUAGCAGCAACAGCAGCAGCAGCAGCAGCAGCAGCAGCAGCAGCAAAUAAUAAUGCAGGGAUACCAUAUACGGAUUUAUUAGUAUGUAUUAUCCCUAAUAUAACAGCAGCACUUAGACAAGUGCUGCAGCAGAUAGAGGGUACAGCAGCAGCAGCAGCAGCAGCAGCAACGGCACCAGUACCAAUAGCAGCACCAGCAACAACAACACCGGCACCAGCAGCAGCAGAAGCAGCAGCAGCAGCAGCAGCAGCAGCAGCAGCAGCAAGCAAGUGGGCAUUACCUAUACUAGAGGGGUUUACUGCAGCAAGAGUUAAUCAUCAUGAAUGCCGUCUGCUGCUGCUGCAGUUGCUGCUGCUGCCAGCAGCACAGCAGCAGCUGCAGCUACCGCAGCUAGCAUCUCUUGCUGUCUGUCUUGCUGCAGCACAGCUGCUGCAGCAGCAAAAGGAGACACUUGCUGCUGCUAAUUUAUAUACAUUAGCUGCUAGGGUCUUGCAAAUACUUGAAUACCUACCAACAAACAGCAGCAGCAACAGCAACAGCAGCAGCAGCAGCAGCAGCGGGACAGCAGCAGCAGCAGCAGCAGCAGCAGCAGCUCUGCCUAACUAUGGUAGUCCUUUUGGUCCUCUUCCUGGUAGAAGUGCUGCUUUUCUUAUCUCUGCUUUUUGCUGUCUUGAUCAGCAGCAGCUGCAGCUGCAGCUGCAGCAGCAGCAGCAGCAGCAGCAGCAUCAAGUUGUUGUUGCUGCUGCUGCUGUUGCUGCAUGCAGAGACCGUUUGCUGCUGGAUUUUUUUCCUCUUUGUGUGUCUAAGAUGACUGCAUGCGAAUUGGCAAUAACAGCACAAGCUCUUAAUAAACUACAUAAACAAUUCAGCAGCAGCAGCAGCAGCAGCAACAGCAGCAACAGCAGCAGCAGCAGUAGUACUGGUAGAUGGACGGAUUCUGCAGCAACAGCUGCUGGAGAGACACCCAUCCUGCAGCAGCAGCAGCAGCAGCAGCAGCAACUGCAGCAGCACCUGCAGCAGGAAGAACUGCAGCACAGUUUGCUGCCAUUUGAGCAGCCGCAGCAGUACGCGAUUCAGCAGCAGCUGCAGCAGCAGCAGGAGGAGCAACAGCAGCAGCAGCGGCUGCAGCAGCUGCAGCAGCAGCGGGUUGUUGGAUUGGAGACUGUAGAGCUUUUGCUGCUGCAGAUAGGCCGUGCUGCUGCUGCUCGUAUUGCUCAGUUCAGCAUCAAUGUAGAGCCUCACAGCGUUGCUGCAGGCCCUCCGCUGCUGCAGCAGGAGCAGCAGGAGCAGCAGCAGCAACAGCAACAGCAACAGCAGCAGCAACAGCAGGGAGGUAUGUAG